GAAAGCUCUCGUUCAUGCAAAAAUCUCUGUAAGACUUGUGGUAAAAUGUUUUCUAGGCCAUCAGAACUUAGAAGGCAUACACAGAUCCACACAGGUGAGAAGCCAUAUUCCUGUAAAACAUGUGGGAAAAAGUUUCGUCGAACUUGUCAUUUGACCGUCCACAUGAGAAUUCACUCAGGUGAGAAGCCGUAUUCUUGUGAAACAUGUGGGAAGAGUUUUCUUUCAACAGAUCAUUUAAAUAUCCACAUGAGAUCUCACACAGGCGAGAAACCGUAUCCUUGUCAAACAUGUAGUAAACAGUUUUCUACGUCAUCGUCACUUAAAGAACACGCAAGGCUCCACACAGGUGAGAAGCCGUAUCAUUGUCAAACAUGUAGUAAACAGUUUUCUACGUCAUCGUCACUUAAACAACACACACGACUUCACUCAGGUGAGAAGCCGUACUCUUGUCAAACAUGCGGUAAAAGGUUUCCCAGGUCAUCGUCACUUAAACAACAUGUGUGGCUCCACUCAGGUGAGAAGCCGUACUCUUGCAAAACAUGCGGGAAAGGUUUUUAUCACAAUAAAAGUUUGUCUUUCCACAUAAGAACUCACACAGUUGAGAGGUCACAUGUUGGUAACACCUCCAGUAAAAAGUUUUCAAAUUCAACAUCACUUAAAAAACACACAGAAAUUCAUUCAGGUAAAUAGCUGCAUUCCUGCAAAGCGUGGGGAAAGUUGAAAUCCUCAUUUGACUGGCCACGUAAAUGUUGAACAUCAGCUGUUUCCUCCUGCUGAGAGCUCACACAGGUGAGAAGCUGUAGUCUUAACAUGUUUUUAGAAAAGGUCAAAU